AUGCUCAAAAUUCUAAUACUAAUCUGUUUAAUAAUCAAAACCCAUUCAUGGACUUGGAAUGAUUAUCCAUCCCCUAGAGGACCAGAUUAUUCAAAAUGUGGUGUCUCAAAGCCAACUUGGGUUUGUGAUCCUGAUGGAUUGUUAACUGAUCAAGAGAGGGAAGAAAUUGUUGAUUUAGUUGAGGAUUUUAAAGAAAAAACUAAAAGACCAAAUUCAAUAGUUCCGUGUAUGAGAGAAGGACUUAGACUUAUUGUGGCUCUAUCAAAUGUUGAAAUUGGUGAUGACAAUAUUACCUCCGAAAUAACAGUAGGUUUUUACAUCAAACCAACCAAUAUCCUUUUACUGUAGCGAGCCAACUUUCCUCAUUAUCCUCUAAAUCCGAACCCAAGAUAGCUGUAUUAUACUAUCCAAUUCCUUUAAUAUUCACUAUGAUUCUCCAAAUUCACAUAUACAUACCUAUUCCGCUUAAGAACCACCUUUUUCUGUAGGGAGCCAACUCUCGUCAGUACCAUCUUAAUCCGAAUAUAUCCCUAGAUAGUCCCUUAAACUCCAGAUAUCUGUCAUCAUACUAUCCAAUUUCUUCGAAAUCUACUAUACUCUCCCAUAUUCCACUUAAUAGCCAGAAAUCCCC